CACGAUUUUUCCACCGCUGUAUUAUUGAUUUUUCCAAUUGUCGCAUGAUAAUCUCGAAUUGGGUGAAAAAAUGGGGAAUUAAAAUUGGGGAAAUUGAGGAGGGGAGGGAGAAAGAAGCCGUUGAAGACAAUGGAGUGGGCAACGACAUGAUCAUAAUCUCUCCUCAGACUGUACACAAGUUCCAAAAAGCGUUGUUCACGUUUCCAGUUGGCGUCGUUGGGGCGCCACAUUAUUUUGGCGGUUGAAAUCAGUUGCAUGCGGCUGUGGUUAGUGUUCACAUCGUCUGAUGAAACAAUUCAUUGUUGAUUAACAACAAUUAACGAGAGAAAGUUAACAAAUAGCUGGGAAUUUUGGUGACAAGGGGAGGCUGAAGUGGGGGGAGAGUGAGUGUUCGAGACAAUGGAGUUGCACACACCACAGAGAGAUGCACGAGGUCCUGAGGACGCGGGUCCAAGGAGUCCACCAAUGUGCGAUACGAUGCUCUACCCCUGGAACUGGGGCGAGGAGGCGAGGAAUGUGAAUCUGAGCCCUGGAAGCUCGUGCUCGUCACCGGAGUAUCGUGAUCAUGGGACUGGGGGGAUCAAGGGCAGUGCCAUGAGAUCAGGGGGAUCGGAGAGAGAGAGCCAUCGUCGGGGACGUCCUCGAGCCGAUGCCCUCACUAAUCUCAUGAAACAGGGGAGCACGUCACCCAGCAGCAUCAAGUGUACAUUCUGCAACAGAGUCUUCCCCAGGGAGAAGAGCCUCCAGGCACAUCUUCGCACUCACACAGGAGAACGUCCCUACCCCUGCGAUUAUCCCGGCUGCACGAAGGCGUUCACCCAGUCCGGACAGUUGAAGACGCACCAGCGUUUGCACACAGGGGAGAAGCCGUUUCUGUGCACCGAGUCAGGCUGCGAAAUGAGAUUCACCCACGCCAACCGACACUGUCCCGACCAUCCCUACGCAACCCUAACCCGUUCAGACGAUUUUGUCCUGAAGCCAGUCUCCGGGAACACGGAAUUACCGCACGAUGUGACACGAUGGUUAGAGCGUUACAAAAUGGCACGCGAACGUGAGGACAGAACUCCAACAGGAAAGGACCGGAAAAAGAAGCCCUGGAAAACCAACGCGGAGAAUCAUAAACGAGUGAAAUCACGAAAGGGUUUGAUGAUGGAUGCAGCUGGUGAACAGGAGAAUCUCGUGAGAAAACCAGCGAAUCAGAGGCUGUACUGCAACGAGAGCCAGAGCAGUCAGGAGGAGAGUCAGGACGAUGAAGAUCCAACGGAGGCGUGUUCAGUGCUGCAACACUCUGAGGACGAGGAGCCAACGAUUGCCAGUAAAUUGCCAGUAACACCACUGAGACGACCCUUGGACAGGCUUCAGCCGAAGAAACGUUGGCUGCGGGAGGCCUGUCUUGAACAGCAACUGGCCAAGCCCUUGAGAUGGGACUGCACAAGGGGAAAUGAUCCUCAAGGGGUCAGUGAUAAUCCUGAUAAUCCUGAGGAGCAUCAACUGAGUAUGGGACUGUUCAACUCCAGAUUUACUGUCAGGGAUUUGUCGAAUCAUGCUGAGUUUUCUGGGAGUGAUAACGGCCUUGAGAGCUCGAGGGGGAAUGCAGCGAGGUACAACAAUCCGACGAAGAUCAAUUGGGAUAAUUGUAUUCCUCCUGAUAACUCGUCUGAGAGAACUGCUGAUAGUCUGGUGGAUGGCAAUGGCAACAAUUACUCAGAGGUGACUAAUGAUUGGAGGGGGGGUCGCAGCUUGCCCGCUAAUGGGGGAGGCAGUUGUGAGGAGUCAUUGGAGAUGCUGAAGCCGGUUAGACAGGUGGAGAAUGAACUAAGACCCACUGUUCUCAUGCUAGCUGGAUCGAACAAGAGUGAAGUCAUGAGAAGUGGCCAGAGAAUUCCGGAGGAAACUAAGGUGAAGGUGGUUGUUGUGAGGCAGGAUGAGGAAGCCAUCGGUUUGCCUCCACCAGAGGACAAUCAGAAGUGGCUGGGCGCUCUGGCACUUAUGGAGCUGGCUAAGAAUCAGGAGGAAGCUGCUAAGGCACUUGGAUAUGGAAAGGGCCUUGAUCAGUACAGCAUUCAUCCACGUUUUGAUUAUACUCAUAUAUAGACUGUGAUUUUUCAUUCAUCAUUCUUCUUUUUUUGCUAUUCAUGUUUCCUUUAAUUCUCUUUCGUCUUCUGCAGGGUUGUAAGUUUUAAUUAUUAAGUUUGUUUACGAUUUCAAUUCAAUUUGACUUUCUUUGCUGUUAGUUAUGACGACUUUUUGAGUUUUUUUUCUUUUGGAGGAUUCAGUGGUGGAGUGGACGGAUUUGAAACUGUCACGUUGAGUCUUAAAUUCAACUUUAAAUCCUCGGGCUCUCAGCAUGGGACCGAAGAGGCUUAAGUCGAGGGCUUGAGUCCCUAAUUGAGAGCUUGAUGGCUCGCAAUUGGAGAACUUCAACCUUCAAACUAAGCCUUUUUCAGAUAUUAUUUUGAGAACUUUAAAAUCUUGAGACAGUAUUUUUUUGAAUGAACAAGGAAAAGCUUUUUGGAUUAACAUAAACAUUUGACAAAAUUAAAGUUUUAUGAAAAUAUUUGACAGCGUCGAGGGACCUUUUCUGCAGCUAAUUAUAUUCCAGCAAAAAAGGUCUCUUGACAUCCAAAUAGACGUUUCUUAGAUUUCAUCAUUCCACUACUGAAUUUGUAAUAUUGUCGGCUCAGUCCUUCAGACUGCCUGACGAUCUGCCAUUUGACAUUCACAUUUCAUAAUUUUUUUAUCUUUUGAAAGACAUUAACAUUAUCUGAAUCUUAAAUUUGUAAUGAAUUAGGUUGAAUGGAUCAGACGAAGGGAAAUAAAAUAUGAAGCACUUUCAAUUGUGACACAGAUAAACCGAUAGUUUGAGUGGUAUAUUCAUGAUACAAUUGUUAUACUCAAUUGUUCCCGACGAGAAAACUGUGUGAUAAUAGUAACGAUGUGGUUAAGAAUGAGGAUGUUGAGAGAGAAUCAAUAUUUAUGGCAGGUGUUUGAGUAAUAUUAUGUUUAAUGUAAGGAAGUUUAAUUAUUCGUGCUGAAGUAAUUGCAGUUUCUUCAUUCUGUCCCUUCAAAAUGUAUAUAAACUAUACAUAAAGAUAUAUUUUAAUAAAUAUUUUUCAAUUGAAAGUUGAUAUUAA